AUGUCUCUUGCCGACUACCUAGCCAAAAACUACCUCACGGCAGAUUCUUUACAUGGCUCUGACCGUCCCAAAAAGAAGCGCAAAAGGAACAAACACGCUGAAGAGACGGACGGGCUUAUAAUAGCAGACGAUGACCCCCCGGACCUCCGGUCGGCUUCUACCACUCAGCAGAAGUCCCGCCGAGGAUUUGGAUACGACGACGAUGACGAUGACAUGGGACUGGAAGCUACAAUAGCGGCUUCUGCGGCUGCUGAACGGACGGCACGGGCGGAGGAAGAAGAAGACGAGAAGCCGCUGGUUGUGGAUAAUGAUGAUCGUGAAGAUGGAGUGCUUAGGAUGGAAUCUGGGGCGCGUGCUGGCCUACAGACCGCCGCUCAGACUGCAGCCAUGGUCGCUGCGCAGGAACGAAAACAUGCCAAGGAUGCUGCCUCGAUGCGGACAAGGCAAGCCAAGGGGGAGGAAGCAGAGACUAUAUAUCGUGACGCGUCGGGUCGUAUUAUCAAUGUUGCUAUGAAGCGCGCGGAAGUACGAAAAGCUGCGGAAGAGGCGGCGGCCAAAGAGGCGGCGGAGAAAGAAGCCCUGACGGGUGACGUGCAGAGAAAACAAAAAGAAGAGCGGAGGAAAUUGAUGGAGGACGCCAAGUCUAUGCCGCUGGCACGUACGGCGGAAGACGAGGAAUUGAACGCGGAGCUCAAGGCGAGAGAGCGUUGGAAUGAUCCUGCUGCCCAGUUUUUGACCAAGCCAUCUGCGACGAGUGCUGGUGCGAAAAAAAUGUACAAAGGUGCUGCGCUGCCUAACAGGUAUGGGAUUCGUCCUGGGCAUAGAUGGGACGGGGUGGACCGGAGUAACGGCUUUGAAAAGCAGUGGUUUGAUGCUAGGAAUCGGAGGGAGAGAAAUGAAGGCCUGGCAUAUGCAUGGCAAAUGGAUGAGUGAUUACUUAUUACCUCCCUCACCCAUUAAAGGUCUAUUUCAAGUCGACCCACCAUUUGAACGGUACAUUGUCAUAUGUGAUACAACCGGAUAUAUGAUGCCCUAAAAGAUAUUGGUCGAGGUGCUCUGGGAGAUAAAUGGUGCGAGCCACUUAUGCUUGAAUAACUAAUGAGAUAUACGAAGCUUGCACUGGCAUUGUGCUGGCAAGGUGAAAAAAAGUGAACCAGGACAGGAAGCAAUAUCGGUCUUGGGGCAAAAGCAGGACUUGAACAGCUCUCCGACAAAUUACGUUCGGUGGCUCUUGCAAGGGCCUAAAGAGCGUAUUUACCAGCUUGAUUGGGGAGGAGAUGUUUAGCAAGUGUUCCAAAAUGAAGAACGCGUGUCUUCUCGGAAUAUGGUUAUUAUACACGAUUGUACGGAGUACUUCUCCCUCUUUGGGAUGGGGUAUAAACCCCUGUCAAGAUCACAAGAGGUAUCUAGCCUUGAAAAGUAAUCCAACUCGCUGUCUCUGUGUUUGGUAAAAGAAGCCUCUUGGAUGCAACCUUGGGAUGAUCUUGAGGGUGCGUCAAAAUUACACCUGUUGACAUCCCUAUACCAGGCUCUAGACCUUUCGGCUGCAAGGGUGCUGUAACGGACUCUUGUUUAUGCCGACCAGAGUUAUCGCUGUUGGCGAAGAAGUACUAGGCAAACAUUGGAAGGCAUGACAGUAGUAACCAUCGAUGGAAAUCAACUACCGCCAUACGCGGAGUACUUCAUAAUACUGCGGGAAACGUUAAGUGAGAUAUCAGUGUAUGCAGCUGGAAACGGCAUGGAUCUGAAUUAUACAAAUCGGUCGUG